AUGGAAGUAAAAUGUCGUGAUGAAGUGAUUAAUACGGUGAAGGCUAAAAGAGAAAGUGUGUUUUAUUUUUAUGAUGACAUAACAUUCUUUGAAAACCAACCUGUGGCACAUGUAGCUACAGCACCAGACUAUCUGCUUGUUGGUGAAGAAGUUUAUUAUGGGUCUAUCGUGGGAAGACAUGGAAUACGAUAUUUAAGAUUAAACUUCGUACCAGGACGAUUUCCUCUGGAAGAAGAAGUUGAUAGAUUUAUAGGUGAAUUACGCCAUAUUUGUUCAGAUUCUUUGCCAAAACAUGUGCAAAGUCGGAACCAACAGUCGAUAAGUCAGUGGGCACGUGAAAAAGAUCAAUUUUUAGCCCUCAUCCAUAGAAUGGAGUUACCGCAGUUCUUAAUAACUGGACACAAAAUAACUGAUGGCUCAAUACAACUUGGUUUGGUUAUGGCUCACUUAGCUUUGAAAACAUUAGCAAGCAUAUUUAUGACAGUUAGUCCUGACUGUCUGCAGAAUGAAUCAUUCAAUCUUAAUCCUAUGAGGAAUUUAAACUCGGCGAAUAUAAAUCAGCUUCAAAAACAAAACGGCAGUAUUGUAUCUGGUAAAAGUAGUAUGAAAACUGAUAUUGUUAGUAAGAAAAAUAAAAAGGUUUCGAUGAAGUAA